AUGUUAUUUGUGUGUAUUUUUUUGGUGUCAAGACUCUGAUCCAACGCAAACAAUCAAGUACAAUUUACAACUUGAUGUUUUAACUAAUAAAAUAUAAUUUGAUUAUAUUCCAGGUGAAUUGCACACAAUUAACGAGGCAAACGAGAAUCUAAACAAUGAAUACCGCAAUAAAUUGGAUAAUUUAACGGAACCGCUGUUUGAAACAUUAGUGGAGGAAUCGCUCACAUAUUUAGGCAUUGAAGAAGCCGUUUGGCAAAAGUCAAAGAAUACCAGUUAUUAUGGCAUCUCAUUCGCCGUCGAUCUCGAAGACAGCGAUGCAGUCAUUCAGUACUUUAAGGCCAGAGGUGUGGGCAGUAAGGGAUCGAGUAUUGGUAUAAUUCCCUUCUCAUUGUACUGCUAUGAGGAUGAAUUGGAUCCAUUGGACGAGAUUGAGCUCAAUGAAAAUGGUGAGAAGGAUGUGCAGCGAAAACUUAGCAAUUUUAAGGCACUCCAGAGCUCUUUCCUGAAGUCAGUGACGGCCCGACUCACUGUCGCUCAGGUGGUCGACAAUGUGAGGAGCGGAGCGUCGCUCACAUUUGACUUCGUGUGUUAUCUCAUAUUCGCCUCUUGGAUCGCAGCCAUGGGUCUGCUCGACAACAGUGUCAUCAGUUUAGUGGCCAGUAUGUUGGUCUCACCCAUGAUGGGACCGGUAAUGGCGAUGACAUUUGGCACCAUCAUUAAGGAUAGAUCACUCCGGAGGCUUGGGUUCAGGAAUUUAGGCGUUUGUUUUGCAAUAACUAUAUUAUUUGGCUACUUCUUUGGCUUAAUUGCGCUAAACUUCACGAAACACUGGAACGCAGAGCAGGAAUGGCCGACAAAUAUGAUGAGGGAGAGGGGUCUGCCUCGAGUGGCAUGGGUUGGCACACUCGUCGCCUUCCCGUCCGGCUGUGCGGUCGCCAUAUCGUUGUUAUCAGGAAACGAGGCCUCACUCGUAGGCGUUGCCAUCUCUGUCUCAUUGCUUCCGCCGGCAGUCAAUGCUGGUCUGUUGUGGGCGUUCUCUACGCUGAAAACCCUGUACUCGAUUAGCGAAGACCCGGUCAAUACCAACUACACUACAGGUGCCCAACGAUCGUACCUUAAUCUUUGUCCAUCGCUGACACCCGAAGAUAAAUACAUUCCCUAUUAUAACGACAACAUCGCUAUAGAGACGGCUAUUUUGGGCGCUUUGAGUCUUAUAUUAUCGCUGAUUAACAUAACCAACAUAUUUAUCGGUGCAUUGAUUUUGUUAAAGAUCAAAGAGAUCGCACCAUUAUCUACAAUGUCACCAAACACCAGACGCUUCUUCCAGGAAGACAUUAAGAUUGCACGCGAAUAUAAUGCAGAGCACGGAAGCAGUAGUGAUAAUAUGGGCGAACGGGUGCUCAAGGAAUGGGCGGACAUGAAUGGGAUCGACGCCAACGAGUUGCUAUCAAACACCCCCGAAGCCCGAGUCACACAAUUUCAUACACUUAAUGAUAUUGUUAGGGACGUCGAGGCCGACGAUGUCUACAGAUCUAUUCAACGGACCAGACUAUCCACACAUAAUGCCGAUUUGUUGCGAAGGAUGAGCCAAAGCCUGUUUCAGCCGCCGAUGAAUAACAUGAAUAAAGAGAGCGGCGGAGGAAAGGAUAGCCGACGCCGGAGUAGCGCUGUUUCCAUAAAUAUGUCCAGUUAUCGCAUUUCGGGCGUCGAAAUGGGAGCCAUCGCUAAUCGCCGUAACGGUAGACGACCCUCUCGUUUGUCACAAAUAGCGCCCACUAUUAUUACAUCGGAUGUGGAUUACGACCGGUUCUCAAUGGGUGAACGGUCUCGACCGCCGACACCGACCAUCAAAAUGCCACUUUCGGCGGGAAUACAGCCCAGAAAUAGCGAUGUUUUUACGUUUGGCGACAAUCUAUUAGUGAAUGAUAUGAAUCGAUCGAGAAAUAGAAAUAGUCUACUAUUGCGGCGAUCACUGCAUCAGACCGACCACUCGCGCUACAGCCUAUGGCCGCGAUCGGCGCCCCCGGUGUCGCCCUCAUCUAUACCCCGUUUUGUGGUCACACCGGUUACCGACUCGCGGACUGAACAGCAAAACUUUAAUUAUUAAUUACUAUGUAAUCAUUAUAUUCUUUGUGUGC